AAAGGGUCUUCCAGCUGUCUGGGCUCCUGAAAGAGGACUUAUUUGGGCAGCCUUUUAUCCAGCAUUCCCAGAAUGUGAUCAAGAAAAGCCCCACAGAAGAUGUCUCUCAAAGCUCCGGAUGAGGAGGACUGCUGUGUACCUCAAGCAAAAUCACUGCGUACUUUCAUGCACUGCACACUUUCUUCCGGUGAGAGAACGAAUGCAAAAAGACAUACUUUCCUGUUGGAUCACUCAACCAUUUCCCUCUUGUUGCCUGCAGGAAUCCUCCAUUUUCAUUGUAAUGGGCUUUGGAAUUCUUCUUCCUCUGGCUUUUUUUGUAAGGGAGUGUUUCUAGACAGCUAGAAGGUGGAGCCAUGAAUGACAUAAGAGCUACAAGGGAGUGGUUACAACCAGGUAAACUUCAAAUAAUAGACACAGAUACUGUAAAUGGAUUAACUAAAGGCUGCCGCAGCUGCCCCGUGGCUCAGCCAGCUAAAGCACUCCGGUCCAAGCCACACACAUGGAGCUGAAGGAAAACAAGAUAGGGCUUUCUGAAGCAGAUGGAAUUGACAACUUUGCCUUUCAGAAGGAUCAUGGAUAUGAGGACACUAUAAAUGAGGAAGGCUCCAGCAAUCAUUCCCUCAGAAACAGGAAUUUACAAAAUGGGGAUAAUGUGCAUACUAUCCAGGAGGACGCAUACAUCGAUAUUGAGAAUGAUCAGCAUAGAAACAAAAGUGACUCAAUCGAAGAUGAGAAGCCACGCUUAAAAGGGUGUUUAGAACAUAAAUAUGAUGAAGUCUGUGGUUUUUGCAAGAAACAUAAAACCACAAUUCGAUAUGUGAUCUAUGGAAUUUUAAUAACAGCAUAUUUGGCAGUGGUCAUUUCAGCCUGCAUCUUGAACUUUCACAGAGCCCUGCCACUCUUUGUACUUACAAUUGUAGCCAUCUUUUUCAUCUGCUGGGAUUACUUAAUGGCUAAAUACGAAGAUAAAAUUUCUGCAUUCUUUGCCCCUUGUAGACAAUUCCUGAAAAGAUGGUGGUUCUGCCUGAAAUGGCUGCUUGGCAUAGUUCUUAUUGCAGCUGUCAUCUGUUGGCUCAUAUUUGACACAGCAAAACAAGGAACCAAUCAGCUCAUCUCAUUUGGUGGACUUGUGAUGUAUGUUCUCUUGAUGCUAAUCUUUUCCAAAUACCCAACCAGAGUUGCCUGGAGACCUGUAUUUUCAGGCAUAGUCAUGCAGUUUGUUCUUGGGCUUAUUACGCUAAGGACUAAAGCAGGUUUCGAAGUAUUUAAUUGGCUGGGCAAGCAGAUACAGGCUUUCCUGGGAUACUCUGAUGCUGGUGCGGAAUUUGUUUUUGGUAAAAAAUACGUGGAUCACUUCUUUGCCUUUAAGGUCCUGCCAAUAGUGAUUUUCUUCAGCACUGUGAUGUCUAUGCUUUACCACGUUGGAUUCAUGCAAUGGCUCAUUAAAAAGGUUGGUUGGAUUAUGCAAAUUACCAUGGGGACAUCUCCUGUUGAAUCCCUAGUAGCAGCUGGCAACAUAUUUGUGGGGCAGACAGAGUCCCCCCUUCUGGUGCGGCCCUAUUUACCACAUGUCACCAAGUCAGAGCUGCAUUCGAUCAUGACUGCAGGGUUCUCCACCAUUGCUGGGAGCGUCUUAGGAGCUUACAUUUCGUUUGGGAUUUCAGCCUCCCACCUCCUAACAGCUUCUGUGAUGUCAGCACCAGCAUCGCUGGCUAUUUCCAAACUCUUCUGGCCUGAGACUGAAACACCCAAGGUUACUCUGAAGAGUGGCAUAAAAAUGGAGAAAGGAGACUCAAAAAACUUGCUGGAAGCUGCCAGCCAAGGUGCCACUGCCUCGAUUCCUUUGGUGGCAAACAUCGCUGUGAACUUGAUUGCCUUCCUUGCUCUGCUGGCUUUUGUUGACUCAGCGCUGUCUUGGUUGGGGAAUAUGUUUGACUACCCACAGUUAAGUUUUGAGGUCAUUUGUGCCUAUGUCUUCAUGCCAUUUUCUUUUAUGAUGGGAGUAGACUGGGAAGACAGUUUUAUUGUUGGUGGUCUCCUUGGUUACAAGACAUUCUUCAAUGAAUUUGUGGCUUAUGAACACCUUUCUGAAUUGAUUCACAAGAGAGAGAAAGGUGGGCCAGUGUACAUGGAUGGUGUGAAGCAAUAUAUGACUAUCCGUUCUGAAACCAUUGCCACCUAUGCCCUCUGUGGGUUUGCAAACUUUGGCUCUCUGGGACUGGUAAUCGGAGGACUCACAUCCAUGGCUCCUUCCAGAAAAAGGGACAUCGCUGGUGGUGCCUUUAGAGCAAUGAUUGCUGGUACCGUUGCCUGCUUCAUGACAGCCUGUAUUGCAGGAAUAUUAUCUGUGCCUGUUGUGGAAGACGUUCCAUGCUACAUUAUGUUAGGGAAUGCCUUCAACUCAACAGGGUCACCAAGCAACACCACAAAAGUAAUUAGAUGCUGCCAAGACCUUUUUAACAGCACCAUCACAAACCCGGGUGGAAACUACAGCCUGCACUUCUUGAAAGGAUGUUGCCAAAUACUAGACCCUCCCACUUUUAAUUGCAGUUGGACUACUACAUUAUUUUAAACCAGGACUGGACAUAAAUAAGAGCCUGGAAUAGGAUCUUGUCUCUGUGUUGGACUGGUGGAAAGAAAGUAGAAGGGGCAAAACUCGGUUUAAGAAAUAUGCAAAAGUUUGAACCUUGUUUUCCUCACGUAACCAUGCAACUCCUUUGACCUGAGCAGCAUAACUCCUAAAUUACACUAGGUAAGUAAUAAUAAGGUCAAACCCUCUUUCUGUGGAUUAAGUUUUUGGUUAUUAAAUCAACCUGGAAAAUAAUAUUACAACUACUAGAAUGGGCCCAGCUGUUGUGUCUGAUUCUCAUCUGUCUUACAUUAGUAGAAACAGAAGUGAUAGAGUUGUUCUAAUAUAAACUGGUGUAAAUAAGAGAUUCCAAUCCAAAGCAUUUGGGAGCUGUUCAGUUUUGCUUCAUAAUUUUUGCUAGUAUUCAAAAGGUCAUCCAUUCUCACAAUAUUUCUUCUCUUUAUAAUAUUGAAACCAAAAUGACAUUUUUACUAUACCAAGAUAAUGGUGUUGCCUGCCCUUUGAAAUCUAUGUAACAGAACCCUUCUAGUUCUGACCAAAUGAUGGUAACUAUAUAAAUGAAAAUAUCCAGUUGUGAGUGAGUAUAAAUUUAUCUGUCAGAUGAGUGCAGACACAAGUCCUUGCAUUCCCACUAUUUGUUCCUUUGCUAAUAGAAUCCUACUGCUCAGGUCACUAACAAGAAUAAGUCCAAGGAAAUGAAUGGAGUUAAAAAUGUUGUAAAACCGAUGGAAAAUGAGAUCAGAAUUAUGCAAAUUAUGCAAAUCUGCCAGGCUCUCUCUUUGAGGAGAGCUUUUUAGUUUUAUUUUUCUCAUUCAACUGUAUAUACUUGAUUAAAUAAUAUUAAGAGUAAAUUGACUAAGGAAAAAAAAUAUGUUGUGCCUUCAUAACAAAACUUUUGUAUAUUUAUAACGAUCUGAUUCUUUUAUUUGAUAAUGAAAAACAUGUUGAUUACCCUUUGUGUUCAUUAUUUUUAUAAAAAAGAAAUGAAAAGUAUUUGGCA